AUGAGGAUAACACUCGUCUCUACUGUACUGUUCUUGCAGCUAGGCUAUGCUCUAAACAUACGCUGCGGAUUGGCAUGUCUCUGCUGUACUAUUCCGGGAAUCGAUAAUUUCCACGGAUGGUACCAGGAUGAUGGUUCUGGUGACUGUGUGUGCUCUUCGCAAUAUCAACGUUGCCCGAACCGAGGAGAUUACGGUUGUACAGGUUUUGAUUGA